AUGGAGACACAGCGCCAGCGCUUCAGGGGCUUCUGCUACCAGGAGGCCGAGGGGCCCCGGAAGGUUUACGGCUGCCUGUGGGAACUUUCCCAUCGCUGGCUGCAGCCAGAGACCUGCACCAAGGAGCAGAUGUUGGAGCUGCUGGUUCUUGAGCAGUUCCUGAGCCUCCUGCCUGAGGAAAUGCAGAGCUGGGUGCAGGAGCGUGGCCCGGAGAGUGGCCAGGAGGCCCUGGCCCUGGCAGAGGAUUUCGGCACAGGUGAGGAGGACAAGCCUUUUCAGUGCCCAGUGUGUGGGAAGAGCUUCAUUGAGAGCUCAGCACUGAUCCGGCAUCAGAGGAUCCACAUGGGUGAGCGGCUUUAUCCGUGUGGGGAGUGCGGCAAGUGCUUCAUUGAGAGCUUGGACCUGCACAAGCAGCAGCGGGUGUACACGAGCGAGAGGCCCUACCCAUGUGGGGAGUGUGGCAAGCAGUUCAGCAGCAGCUCCAACCUCAUCCAGCACCUGCACACCCACACCGGGGAGCGGCCCUACCGCUGCACCGAGUGUGGGAAGAGCUUCUCGCAGAAUGCCACCCUCAUCACCCACCACCGCAUCCACACUGGUGAGCGCCCCUACAAGUGCUAUGCCUGUGGGAAGAGCUUUGGCGCCUGCUCCAUGCUCUUCCAGCACCAGCGCACCCACAUGGGGGAGCGCCCCUACCAGUGCACCCAGUGCGGCCGCCGCUUCAGCUGCAGCUCCUACCUCAUGGCACACCAGAGAAUCCACAGGGGGUAG